AUAUUUGGACAUUCAUACUGUUCUAGAGUAUCGUUGGGCGAGGAACUUGAAGAUUAGGACUGUUUUCUGGUUUAAACUAAAUUUAAAAGAUAGCUACCCAAAUUAUCCGUGUUUGCUGGUUAAAUAACUGGUGUUAGAACGCCGUAUCACUAUCAGAUUAUGGCCAGAGCAACAGCUAUCGGUAUUGAUUUGGGAACCACAUAUUCUUGUGUGGGAGUGUUCCAGCAUGGAAAAGUAGAAAUAAUAGCUAAUGAUCAAGGAAACCGCACUACUCCCAGUUAUGUAGCAUUUACAGAUACAGAAAGACUUAUUGGGGAUGCAGCUAAAAACCAGGUUGCAAUGAACCCUAAUAAUACUGUAUUUGAUGCAAAACGCCUCAUUGGCAGAAAGUGGGAUGACCCAACAGUUGCACAGGACAUGAAACACUGGCCAUUUGAAGUAAUCAAUGAUGGAGGAAAACCUAAGAUCAGGGUAGAAUACAAAGGGGAGGUCAAAUCAUUUUACCCUGAGGAAAUUUCUUCUAUGGUUUUAACUAAGAUGAAGGAAAUUGCAGAGGCAUAUUUAGGGAAGACAAUCUCAAAUGCUGUAAUCACUGUACCUGCCUACUUCAAUGACUCCCAGCGGCAGGCUACGAAGGAUGCUGGAACCAUUUCUGGAAUGAAUGUACUUCGUAUAAUUAAUGAACCUACAGCUGCAGCUAUUGCGUAUGGCCUAGAUAAAAAGGGCACAGGUGAGAGGAAUGUUUUAAUUUUUGAUCUUGGAGGAGGUACUUUUGAUGUUUCCAUUUUGACCAUUGAAGAUGGAAUUUUUGAGGUUAAAUCAACAGCUGGGGAUACUCACUUAGGUGGAGAAGACUUUGAUAACCGCAUGGUCAAUCAUUUUGUUCAAGAGUUUAAAAGGAAACACAAAAAAGACCUUACUACUAACAAACGAGCCUUACGAAGAUUGAGAACUGCGUGUGAACGAGCCAAGCGAACACUCUCUUCCAGCUCUCAAGCCAGCAUUGAGAUAGACUCUUUGUUUGAAGGGGUUGACUUCUAUUCAACUAUUACACGAGCUCGUUUUGAAGAAUUGAAUUCUGACCUCUUCCGAGGCACUCUUGAACCAGUUGAAAAGUCUUUGAGGGAUGCAAAGCUAGAUAAAAGUCAAGUUCAUGAUAUUGUGCUUGUAGGUGGAUCUACCAGAAUCCCAAAAAUCCAAAAGCUUCUUCAGGAUUUCUUCAGUGGUAAAGAUCUGAACAAAAGUAUCAAUCCUGAUGAAGCUGUUGCAUAUGGUGCAGCUGUUCAAGCUGCAAUCUUGAGUGGUGACAAGUCAGAGCAGGUGCAAGAUUUAUUGCUUCUAGAUGUUACACCCCUUUCCUUGGGUAUUGAAACAGCAGGAGGAGUAAUGACCACUCUUAUCAAACGCAACACUACCAUCCCAACCCGACAAACCCAGACAUUUACAACAUAUUCGGAUAACCAACCAGGUGUGCUUAUCCAAGUGUACGAAGGUGAACGUGCCAUGACUAAGGACAAUAACCUGUUGGGCAAGUUUGAGUUAACUGGUAUACCUCCAGCACCUCGAGGAGUUCCUCAGAUCGAAGUUACCUUUGAUAUAGAUGCCAAUGGCAUUAUGAAUGUCACUGCUGUGGAUAAGAGCACAGGAAAAGAGAAUAAGAUCACUAUUACUAAUGACAAGGGUCGUCUGUCUAAAGAAGAAAUAGAAAGAAUGGUAAAAGAAGCUGAAAAUUAUAGAGAAGAUGAUGAAAAACAGAAAGCCAGAAUACAGGCCAAGAAUUCAUUGGAGAGUUAUGCUUUCAACAUGAAAUCUACAGUGGAGGAUGAGAAGCUGAAGGACAAGAUUUCUGAGGAGGACAAGAAAAAGGUUUUGGAUAAAGUUCAGGAAAUAAUCAAAUGGUUGGACAGUAACCAACUGGCAGAAAAAGAUGAAUUUGAUCACAAACAAAAAGAAUUGGAGGGAGUGUGUAAUCCAAUCAUUACAAAGUUGUAUCAAGCUGGUGGGGUUCCUGAAGGAGGCAUGCCUGGUGGUGGAGCAGCUCCAGGGAGUGGUGCAGCUGGUGCUGGUCCAACCAUUGAAGAAGUUGAUUAAAAUACUUAGCUGCAUUGCACUUCUUGUGGCCUUUUUUAAAUUUAAAUUUUGGCUUUUGUUUGCAGUUGAAGUUUAUUUACCUCUAUACCAGUUAUUUAUCCUUGCUCAAAGCAAAUUAAUUAGUUUUAAGCUAAAAUAUCUUGUAUUUUGCACUGUAAAAAGAAAUGUAUAUUUAAAUUAACUUCAUUUAUUAUGAAACAAAGUUAUUAAGUUUUCAAGUAGUCUGAUUUUGUCCUA